CUGUGGCCGACCUACGCCAGUGCGCAUAACAACCUCGGAACGCUCACGGUCGGCGAUCAAGCGGAGCAGCAUUUUUUGGCCGCCAUACACGCUCAGCCGGGUCACGUGAACGCUCAUUACAAUCUUGGUCAACUCUACAGGAAAACGAACCGAACGGAGGAGUGUAUACGAAUGCUGCAGAAAUGCGUGUCCUUGGACCCGGCGUACACGCCAGCCUAUUUAGUGCUGGCGAGAUUGGCAACCGGUCCAACCGCUGGCGUUCUCCUACGACACGUAGUCCGGUUACAACCGAAAAGUGCCGACCAUCUCGCGGAAUAUGCUUCGUGGCUGUACCAGAAUGGCAAAUGGCUACCCUCCCUCAAGUACUACCUCAAAGCCAUGGAGGUCUCACCGUCGCACAGAUCGUCGCUUCUGGGAACGGUCAGGAUAUUGAGGUCGCGGGGUCAGUGGCCGAGAGUUCAUCAACUCAUCACU